AAUAAAACAACAAAAGCAAGAGUGCGCUACGAUUACAUUGACAAUAAUUUACCACGUCGUCAACGCCACACAAAAAAGCAAAGCUAAUCCUUUUAUAGGUGUAAAGUCAGACUAUACGAGCAGUACCUGAACGCACCAGUGGGAACGCUUUCAAGAUGGUGAAAUUUGGGCUCCAGUUUAAAGCCACUCUGGAGAACGUCACCAACGUGAGACCGCUGGGCGACGACUUCCGCUGGUUUCUGAAGCUGAAGUGUGGGAACUGUGGCGAGAUCCCAGAUAAAUGGCAGUAUAUAACCCUAAUGGAAAGUGUGCCACUAAAAGGAGGAAGAGGCAGUGCCAGCAUGGUGCAGAAGUGUAAACUUUGUGCCAGGGAAAAUUCAAUCGAUAUCCUGGAAGACACAAUCACACCUUAUAAUGCUGAGGACGACGAAAGCUUCAAAACUAUGGUGCAGUUUGAGUGUCGUGGUCUCGAGCCUAUUGACUUCCAACCGCAAGCCGGCUUUGCUGCACAAGGAGCAGAGUCCGGGACACAAUUUCCUGAAAUUAACCUGCAAGAAAAAGACUGGACGGACUACGACGAGAAAGUCAGCGAGUCGGUGGGAAUAUACGAAGUCACCCAUAAGUUCAUCAAGUGCUGAUGUCAUCCAUCACGUGACGAGCCUCAGAGGUGGGGGCGAACGAACACUGCGGCCAAUCAUCUUCAGGACUGUUCUCCUGGCUACAAGGACGCUUGAUAUGCUGCGGUGGCUUGGUUCGGUUGAUGAUGAACUCUAAGGUGUUGAUUAACAGCACAGGUUGUCCCACACACACAUCUGGGCUUGAUAAUUGUGCCCCAGGGAAAAGUUUUUUUUUCACGUCUUUAAUAAAAUUGAAGUGUGAAAGGUG